UGGCAGUGCUGAAGGGUGCAGGUGCAGGCACAACAAUCGCGUGGCCGGCGGAGAGAACAGCAGGCCGUGGAUCCUGAUUGUUGGGAGCUGAUCGUUGGCUGGGCCCGACAAUGUGAUCCGCGGGAGCAUUGUUGCCGGCCGGAAGCUGCGACUCUCACACUCGCGAGAAGAAACAUGACCAGCGGAGAGCCGCAAACCCUCGAGCUCGACGACUUCAUUAUUAAGAAGUAUGAAAUCAAGAAACGAAUUGGCAAAGGGGCCUAUGGAAUUGUGUGGAAGGCUUGCGAGCGAAAGAGCAAGAAAGUUGUGGCGCUCAAAAAAAUCUUUGACGCGUUCACCAACCAGACGGACGCGCAGCGCACUUACCGCGAGAUAAUGUUCCUGAAAGCAUUUUCCGGUCACCCCAACGUCAUCCGCCUGCUCGGCGUCCACUCGGCCCUCAACUAUAAAGAUAUUUACCUCGUUUUCGAAUACAUGGACACGGACCUGCACAGGGUAAUUCUGAGUAAAGACAUUCUGAAAGACGUGCACAAAAGAUACAUCAUGUACCAGCUGCUCAAAGCCACUCUCUUUCUUCAUUCAGGCAACGUAAUCCACCGCGACCAAAAGCCGUCAAACAUUCUCAUUGACACGAACUGCACGUGCAAAAUUGCUGAUUUUGGCUUGGCGCGCUCCUUGAGCCAGUUGUCUGACACGCCGGUAGGUCAUGGUGACCUGACGGAUUACGUGGCCACGCGCUGGUACCGGGCUCCCGAGAUCCUCGUCGGCUCCACCUGUUACACGAAAGGCAUCGACAUGUGGAGCCUGGGCUGUAUCCUGGCCGAGAUGCUGCUUGAGAAGCCUGUCUUCCCUGGACCGAGCAGCAUCCAGCAGCUGCAGCUCAUCUCGCAGACGUUGCCGCCACCCACCAAAGAAGACAUGAAGAUCUUCGCCGGCACGUACGGCAGCAAGCUGUUUUCGCAGAAGCCACCAGGCAAACACGCCACCCUGGACGAGAUUCUGCGCGAGGCACCCUCUGAUGCUGUCGAUCUCGUCAAAAAGCUGAUCGUUCUAAAUCCGCUCAAGAGACUGACCGCCGCGGAGGCCCUGAAACACGACUACGUUGCAAAGUUCCACGCGAUCGACUCUGAGCCCGUGUUGUGCAAUCCAGUAACGCCGCCGUUGAACGACAACGUGAUGCUUUCGGUGGACGAGUACCGCAGCAAGCUCUACGAGUUGGCCGUCGCACCUUCAGCGGCCAGCGGAAGCCGUCACCACGCGUCCAGAUCUCGAAGGCAACACCAAACGCCGCAGCAGCAGAGCAACGCUUCGAAAAACCAGCUCAGGCCGACGGCCACAGAGCCAAAGCAGGUGGCCAGCAGACCCAGGCCGGCCACCCAAGCUUCUCUCGCCAGCUAUUCGACAGCCGAGGCUAGGAGGAAUUCCCUGCAGAAGAAAGACUCCUCGUCCAACUUGGCCCCAUCGGGGAUGGGGGCAGGUGGUGAAAAUUGUUCUAAAACGACGGCAAAAAAGAUGGAACGCAAGUCAUCGUUGCCGAUUUUAAGCAGCGUCAGCGCCGCCGCCGCUGCCUCGAGCAACAAUAAGUGCCUGAUGCCGGCUUCCAAGACGGUGUCAUCGGGCCUCGCGCACUCCUCCACUACCUCACAGUCCCAGUCAGGCCAAGACAAACCAAAACUGCUGACGUGCCGCAUGGGUUUUAUCUGAGAUCGGUGCAGCGGCGGACGAGUACGCCCGGAGGCACGCAGGCCACGAAAGCCAGCAUCAGCGGCCAGCGGCAAUGGUGGUACUGAGAGACAGACCCUAAAAAGAGGUGCCUUUUGUCAGAGGCGAGCGAGAACGGUGCUUUUCCCUCGCCUUUUUCGUCGGAAUGCCUUUCCACAGGAUCUAAAAGAAACGCAUAAAUCAAUCACUUUCCCCACACGUAUACAAUUUUCACAGCAAUUUGGACAAGUGCCCAUGCAAAAUAAAAUUAUUAUGUAGAAAUUCAACAAAAAACACUCCAAACCCUGUU